AUGUCCGACGCAAAUCGAGAUGUGUCGCAGUACAAGUACUCGGCCAUGUCGAACCUGGUUCUCCAGGCCGAUCGUCGAUUCGUUACAAGACGAACCGACGAGGCUACUGGUGAUCCAGAGUCGCUGGCCGGUCGCUUGAGUAUUCGAGAUAUGGGUGCUAGAGUUGCACGCGACGACGCGCCAAAACCGAAGAAACAGCCUGGACUCCCCGAAAUCGAGCGAGGCAGUCUAAGAGAAGGCGAAGAUAUUCUGGCACGAGAACAGCGCAGACGAAAGGCAGAGGCGCCUCAAUCGACAGGUAUCCUCGGCGCCAACGAUCUUUUGGUGGAAGGCAUCACAUACCGACCACGAACCGCAGCGACGCGACAGACUUUCGAUCUCAUCAUUACCUCGGUAGCAAAAACUCUGGGUGACGUACCCCACGAGGUCGUACGUAGCGCAGCGGAUGCUGUCCUGGAAUAUUUGAAGGAUGAUGAUUUGAAAGAUCUGGAUAAAAAGAGGGAAAUCGACGACAUCUUGGGUGUGACACUAAACCCCAAGGAAUUUAAUGAGUUGGUGAACCUCGGCAAGAAGAUCACAGAUUACGACGCCCAGGACGACGAUGAGGACGUUGCGAUGGGUGGCGCCGAUGGUGAGGAUGCUGAAAUAGAUGAGCGCCAGGGUGUCGCGGUCGCGUUCGAUGAAGACGAAGAGGAUGACGAGGGGGGCCUUGUUCAUGAAGUCCGUGACGAAUCUUCAGAGGACGAAGAGGAAGAGGAAGAGGAAGAGGAAGAGAAGGAACAGAGUGCUGAAGGCAAGGAAGAAGAUGCUGUUGCUGACGUUGGGGAUGAGAUGAUUCUCGACUCGGCGCCUUCAGGUGGCAAACAAGACGAGAAAGACAAGCAUAGCAUACCAGCCCGAGACAUCGACACAUUUUGGUUACAACGGCAAAUCGGCACACUAUACCCCGACGCUCAUGAGCAAAGCGACAAAACAAAGGAGGCUCUGAAGAUCCUGUCAGGAGAACCUGGUGAGGAUGGCGAGGAAAAGUCCUUGCGUGAUGUUGAGAACGAUCUCAUGGAGUUGUUCGACUACGAGCACCAUGAGUUGGUUCAGAAGCUUGUUGAGAACAGGGAGAAGGUUUUCUGGCUUACAAACUUAGCACGAACACAGACUCCCGAAGAGCGCGCUGACGUUGAGCGUGAAAUGGUCUCAGAGGGUCUUCAAUGGAUUCUCAACGAACUCAAGGGUAAAGACACUGCCGAGGGCAAGAAGGGCAAGAUUGACAUCAAGAUGGACAUUGAUGUCCCAGCUUCCUUUACCGCGGAUGGACCCAAGGCUGAACGUGCCGAGGGCCAACUUGUCGGCGGGCUUCAGCCUCGAAAGCUCAUCAACCUCGAUAAUCUGGUCUUCGAUCAAGGAAAUCACCUUAUGACAAACCCCAAGGUCCGGCUACCAGAAGGCUCAACCAAGAGGACAUUCAAGGGCUAUGAAGAAAUUCACAUCCCUACUCCUAAGAAACGCAAUGAGCCUGGCGAUGUCUUGAUACCCAUUUCUGAUAUGCCAGAGUGGUCACGAAACCCUUUCAGUAAGAAUCAGUCCUUGAACAAGAUCCAGUCCAAGUGCUAUCCUUCAGCAUUCGAUGAUGAUGGAAACAUGCUUGUUUGUGCUCCUACUGGUAGUGGAAAAACCAAUGUUGGUAUGCUCGCUAUUCUCCGGGAGAUUGGAAAGCAUCGCAACCCUGAGACCGGCGAUAUCGAUCUAGACGCCUUUAAGAUCGUCUGUAUCGCUCCUUUGAAGGCUCUAGUUCAAGAACAGGUUGGCAAUCUGGGUGGUAGGCUCGAGCCGUAUGGUAUUCGAGUCGCAGAAUUGACAGGUGAUCGUCAACUUACCAAGCAACAAAUCGCCGAGACACAGAUCAUCGUCACAACCCCCGAGAAAUGGGACGUCAUCACCAGAAAGUCCAAUGACUUGACCUACACCAACCUCGUGCGCCUCAUUAUUAUCGACGAAAUCCACCUUCUCCACGACGACCGUGGCCCUGUACUGGAAAGCAUUGUUAGCCGAACCAUCCGCAAGACUGAACAAACUGGCGAGCCAGUUCGAAUCAUUGGUCUUUCUGCCACCCUGCCCAACUACAAAGAUGUUGCGAGCUUCUUGCGAGUGGACACGAAGAAGGGUCUUUUCCACUUUGACGGAUCUUUCCGACCCUGUCCUCUGCGACAGGAGUUUGUUGGUGUCACUGACCGUAAAGCCAUCAAGCAGCUAAAGACCAUGAACGACGUCUGCUACAACAAGGUGAUCGAGCAUGUGGGCACAAACCGUAACCAGAUGCUUAUUUUUGUGCAUUCCCGAAAAGAGACUGCCAAGACUGCUCGCUACAUCCGCGAUAAGGCUCUUGAGUCAGACACAAUCAACCAGAUCCUUCGUCACGAUGCUGGUAGCCGUGAGGUCCUCAAUGAAGCGUCUUCUCAGGCAACCGACCAAGACCUCAAGGAUAUUCUGCCAUAUGGUUUCGGCAUCCACCAUGCUGGUAUGAGCCGAGCUGACAGGACAGAUGUCGAAAACCUUUUUGCCCAUGGUGCUAUCCAGGUCCUGGUGUGUACUGCUACACUGGCUUGGGGUGUAAACUUGCCCGCCCAUACAGUUGUCAUCAAGGGAACACAGGUUUACUCCCCCGAGAAGGGUAGCUGGGUUGAGCUCAGCCCUCAAGACGUCCUUCAGAUGCUUGGACGUGCAGGCCGACCCCAAUACGAUACUUAUGGAGAAGGUAUCAUCAUUACGACACAGAGUGAAAUGCAAUACUAUCUCUCACUUCUGAAUCAGCAGCUUCCGAUUGAGAGUCAGUUUGUCAGCAAGCUGGUGGACAACCUGAAUGCCGAAAUCGUCCUUGGCAACGUAAGGACUCGUGAUGAGGGCGUUGAGUGGUUGGGCUACACAUACCUCUUUGUCAGAAUGCUUCGCUCGCCUGGACUUUACCAGGUGGGCGCAGAGUACGAAGAUGAUGUGGCUCUUGAGCAGAAGCGAGUUGAUUUGAUUCAUUCUGCCGCCAUGGUUCUGCGAAAGUCAAAUCUCAUCAAGUAUGAUGAAAAGACUGGAAAGCUCCAGUCAACUGAGCUCGGUCGUAUCGCUUCGCAUUAUUAUAUCACAUUCGGUUCUAUGGAGACUUACAACAACCUCAUCCAGCCUUCUAUCACUACGAUCGAGCUCUUCCGUGUCUUCGCCCUCAGUGCUGAAUUCAAGUAUAUCCCUGUUCGACAGGAUGAGAAGCUUGAGUUGGCUAAGCUGCUGGGCCGAGUCCCAAUCCCCGUCAAAGAGAGCAUUGAGGAACCCCACGCCAAGAUCAAUGUCCUCUUGCAAGCAUACAUCUCGCGCCUCAAGCUCGAUGGUCUCGCGCUCAUGGCCGACAUGGUGUACGUUACGCAAUCUGCUGGCCGUAUCUUGCGCGCUAUCUUUGAGAUCGCAAUGAAGAAAGGCUGGGCAUCCGUUGCGAAGACUGCUCUGGACCUCUGUAAGAUGGCCGAGAAGCGGAUGUGGCCAACAAUGUCACCUCUUCGACAGUUCCCCUCUUGUCCUCGGGAUGUUAUUCAGAAGGCUGAGAAAAUCGAUGUGUCUUGGAGCAGCUACUUUGAUCUGGAUCCUCCCCGUAUGGGUGAGCUUCUUGGCCUUCCUCGAGCCGGCCGUACUGUAUGUGGCUUGGUCAACAAGUUCCCGCGAGUCGAAGUCCAGGCUCAAGUUCAACCUAUGACAAGAUCGAUGCUACGUGUUGAACUGAGCAUCACACCCAAUUUUGAGUGGGACGAUUCUAUCCACGGCGCCGCAGAGAGCUUUUGGAUUAUUGUUGAGGACUGCGAUGGAGAAGACAUACUUUACCACGACACCUUUUUGUUGCGCAAGGAAUACGCCGAAUCGGAGCAAAAUGAGCACAUUGUCGACUUCACCGUUCCUAUCACAGAUCCAAUGCCUCCAAACUACUUCGUUUCGGUUAUCUCUGACCGAUGGAUGCAUGCUGAGACCAGACUUCCUGUUCCUUUCCAUAAGUUGAUCUUGCCUGAGAAGUUCCCUCCUCAUACAGAACUUCUCGAGCUUCAGCCUCUCCCCGUUUCUGCCCUCAAGGUGUCAAGCUACAUUGAUCUCUAUCCUGUAUGGAAGCAGUUCAACAGAAUCCAAACACAGACUUUCAACUCGCUGUAUAAGACUGAUGCGAAUGUGUUUAUUGGAGCUCCCACAGGUAGCGGCAAGACUGUUUGUGCCGAAUUUGCUCUUCUAAGGCACUGGACAAAGGGCGAUGUUGGUCGUGCCGUGUAUAUUGCCCCCUUCCAAGAACUCGUUGACUCUCGCCUCCAAGAUUGGCAGAAGAGGCUCAGCCAUCUCAAUGGCGGCAAAGAGAUAGUGAAGCUUACUGGUGAGACGGCAACAGAUCUCAAGCUGUUGGAAAAGGGCGACUUGAUCUUGGCAACCCCAACUCAGUGGGAUGUGCUAUCAAGACAAUGGAAGCGACGCAAGAACGUUCAGACAGUUGAACUGUUUAUUGCUGACGAGGUCCAUCUCCUUGGUAGUUCUCAAGGUUAUGUGUACGAGACGAUCGUCUCUCGUAUGCAUUACAUCCGCACACAGACAGAAUUACCCCUGCGAAUUGUCGCAUUGAGUGUAUCGCUGGCGAACGCUCGAGACAUUGGUGAAUGGAUCGAUGCAAAGAAGCACGACAUCUAUAACUUCAGUCCACAUGUUCGACCGGUCCCUCUUGAGCUUCACCUCCAGUCAUUCACAAAUACUCAUUUCCCAUCUCUCAUGCUUGCCAUGGCCAAGCCCACGUAUCUGGCCAUCACACAAAUGUCUCCUGACAAGCCUGCCAUGAUCUUUGUGCCCAGCCGCAAGCAGACUCGUGCAACUGCCCGGGAUUUGUUGGCUGCAGCCUUUGCUGACGAUGAUGAGGACCGUUUCCUUCACGCUGAGGUAGAGCAAAUGAAGCCUCUGCUUGAACGCAUCAACGAGGAGGCUCUCGCCGAAGCCCUCUCUCACGGUGUUGGCUACUACCAUGAGGCUCUUAGCCAGAGUGACAAGCGAAUUGUUAAGCAUCUCUACGACAAUGGUGCUAUCCAGGUGCUUGUUGCUUCACGCGAUGUUUGCUGGGAGCUCAACAGCACGGCUCAUCUCGUUAUUGUUAUGGGCACACAAUACUUUGAAGGCCGAGAGCAUCGAUAUGUUGACUACCCUCUCAGUGAGGUGUUGCACAUGUUCGGUAAAGCUCUUAGACCCUCCAAGGACGGCAGAGGCCGAGGCGUCCUUAUGCUGCCCCAAGUCAAGCGCGAGUACUACAAGAAAUUCCUAAAUGAGGCCCUUCCUGUUGAGUCGCAUCUGCACAACUACUUGCACGAUGUCUUCGUGACAGAGAUCAGCACCAAGAUGAUCGAGUCGGGUGACGAUGCGAUCAACUGGACUACUUUCACCUACUUCUAUCGAAGGCUGCUUGCCAACCCAAGUUAUUAUAGCUUGACAAGCACAACGCAUGAGGGCCUCAGCAACUACAUGUCCGACUUGGUUGAGACAACUCUCCGUGAGCUCAGCGAAUCCAAGAUCAUUGAGUUUGACGAGGAUGACGGAUCCGUGGCACCUCAAAACGCAGCCAUGAUUGCGGCAUACUAUAACAUUUCCUACAUCACGAUGCAGACUUUCCUGCUCUCUUUGAGCGCUCGCACGAAGCUCAAAGGUAUUAUGGAAAUCGUCACUUCAGCAACAGAGUUCGAGUCGAUCCAGAUUCGACGUCAUGAGGAUGGUCUGUUGCGACGCAUUUACGACCGAGUGCCUGUCAAGAUGUCUGAACCAGUUUAUGACUCCCCUCAUUUCAAAUCCUUCGUCUUGCUCCAGUCUCACUUCUCCCGCAUGCAGCUGCCAAUUGAUCUUGCAAAGGACCAGGAGGUCCUGCUGUCGAGGGUGUUGAGCCUUCUUAGUGCCAUGGUCGACAUUCUGUCUUCGGAGGGACAUCUCAACGCCAUGAGCGCUAUGGAGAUGUCACAGAUGAUUGUUCAGGGAAUGUGGGAUCGGGACAGCCCUCUUAAACAAAUUCCUCACUUCUCACCGGAGGUUGUCAAGGUGGCGAAUGAGUUUGGAAUCAAGGAUAUCUUUGAUUUCAUGGAAGCCAUGAACCCGGAUGAGAAUGCCGAUUACAACAAGCUUGUUAAGCGACUUGGCUUGUCACAAAACCAAUUGGCACAGGCCGCAAACUUCACAAACGACAAGUAUCCUGACCUGGAACUUGAACAUGAGGUUCUUGACGAGGGUGAGAUCAGGGCAGGUGAACCGGCCUACCUGAACAUCAAGAUUGCUCGCAAUUUGGAAGAGGAGGACGGCGAUUAUGACUCUACCGUACACGCACCAUUCUACCCAUCCAAGAAGAUGGAGAACUGGUGGUUGGUUGUUGGUGAUGAGAAGACCAAGAGCCUCUUGGCCAUCAAGCGAGUGACAAUCGGGCGGGAACUGAACGUUCGCCUCGAGUACACUGUGCCAUCACCUGGUGAGCAUGAUCUGAAGCUGUUCCUAAUGAGUGAUAGUUAUGUUGGAGUCGACCAGGAGCGGGAGUUUUCGGUUACAGCAGCCGAGGGCAUGGACGUGGAUGAUGAUGAAGAGGACGAGGACGAGGACGAAGACGAGGAGUAG